AAAAUGCCUAGAUGGCAUCAAAUCAUCUCUGCUAAUGAAUGUGUCUGUGGGUGUACUACACGUGGAUCUCCAAAUCAGCAGGAGGGCUAAUCUAGUCGUAUCACCAUUUGCUUUUAAACCCACCAAUGAAAUGAUAUCAUCUCUUCUGAUCCUCGGCCGCAUUUAGCUUUCGAUACCUUCAUUUGGAAGUACAGGCAGCGUAGCAGAGGGCCAACAAACAGCACGAUGACAGGCUCAGUGGUUGCAUUUGCCCAAGCUAUGAAUUUGAGCACGGUGGGCGUACCAUCUCAUUCUCAAUCUCAGGCACCAUAUAGAAUAAGUUCUGUAUCCUUUCCGAAGAGGAGGGGCCCUCCCAAAGGUUAUUCGGUCUCUCGUCCCGGCGUUCGUCUCUCCGGCCCUAUCUUCAAGUCCAUAUUUUUAUCUGGAACAGUGACACUUAGGUUACCAUCAGUCCAAGAUGUCUCAACUGGUGGUGGAGGUGCUCAAAUGAACAUCUUUGAGCGUGUUGUCAGGCUUGUAAAGUCAUAUGCAAAUGCAAUACUAAGCAGUGUAGAGGACCCCGAAAAGAUUUUGGACCAGACUGUUGAAGAAAUGAAUACUGAUUUGACAAAGAUGCGUCAAGCGUCUGCACAGGUAUUAGCAUCUCAAAAACAGUUGGAGAACAGAUAUAAAACUGCAAAGCAAUCUGCAGAUGAUUGGUACCGUAGAGCCAAACUUGCAUUAGAGAAAGGAGAUGACAAUCUUGCACGUGAGGCUCUGGUCCGUCGCAAAGCCUUGGAGGACAAUGCAAAUGCCUUGAAGAGUCAACUUGAUCAACAAAAGGGUGUUGUUGAAAAGCUUAUAUCAAGUACAAGGCUAUUGGAGAGCAAAAUACAAGAGGCCAAGUCGAAGAAAGAUACGUUGAAAGCACGAGCACAGUCUGCAAAGACUGCACAGAAAGUAAAUGAGAUGUUGGGCACUGUCAAUACAAGUAGUGCUCUUGCUGUUUUUGAAAAGAUGGAGGAAAAGGUAAUGGCACUGGAGUCUGAGGCAGAUGCUCUUAAUCAAUUGAACACCGACGACCUUGAAGGAAAGUUUGCACUGUUGGAAAGUUCUUCUGUUGACGACGACCUUGCAAGUUUGAGGAAAGAUGUUACCGGAGCCUCUAAAGUAUGGUUGGAUUCCUACUUGAGACAAGAACUUCCACCAGGUCAAUCACCUGUGAGCUCAAGGCCAUCUUAUCCCUUCAGAGAUUUGGAAAUUGAAAAUGAACUGAACGAUCUUCGAAGGAAAACAAAGGAAUUUUGAUAAUAUAAUAUGCCAAGUUUGUACCAUAUAACUAGAGUAGGUUUAGUGGGAAUGAUAACCAAGGCGGGAUUUGUUUUUCCUCUUUAUAUCCUCUUGCAGGCUGUAAUUCCAUUUUGAUUAUGCACCGCUUUGACUUUCAUUGUGAAUAUCCAACUUGCCAUGCUAACGUUGAAUCAAUGAGAAGUUAGAAGAUGUCAUUUGUUGGAUUCUUCAGUCAUUUGUUCAGAAGUGAGAUGAUAAAAUUACUUGGUGGAUGAUUACCUCCACUUAUUUGAAGGACAUUUUCUGUUUUUAAACGAAAAUGUAUCUGUAAAAUGUCUUCUAUUAAUACAUGUUGUGCAGACUUAAUUUUGUUAUUA